AUGCCCGUCUUUCAGCGCCGGGCUGCCAGCAGCAAGCUCUCGACAAUUCUGGUAGUCUUCAUUUACUUGGUCUUUGGAAUAUACUUGCCUUUCUCUGUGUUCACGGAACUCAACGGAACCAUCACCAUGGAAGAAGUCCUGCCUGAGGAAAUCUUCCCUCUGUCAGGAUUUCCUACCCCUGAGGAGCGCCUGAUUGAUCCAUUCGACGACACGACCUCCGUCUUCUCUGACCCGUUCGACCUAGACGAGCGCGACCGCGAAGAACGUCUCGCCGCGUACGAUACCAAACGCCUUCGCGAGCUCGUGACCAACUUCGCUAGGGGCUUCGAUGCCGCUACGUUCCCAGAUUAUGUGAAGGCGUGGAUUCCUCGUUUUGAACAUGAUUUGUUUCCCGGUUCGUAUUCGCAUCUCAUGGUUAUUCUGCUUGACGACUGGGACCAGAUGGAGUACUUCCAGCUUUCCAUGUUCAAGUGGCUGUGCGAGAGGCACCCGUUUCCUAGAUACUAUCGCAUUGGUGGUGUCAAGAGUAUUGAUGAUAGGAUGUUCGUGACUGAGCUUGGGGUUCUGAAAAAGUUGCUGUCGCCGUUGUGGGGAGAUGACCCUAAACCAAUCUACUGGAUUGGCAGUCGACUCAACAACCCAGACGACUCAUGCGACCAAGUAAAGACCUCGAUGCGUAUUAUCAAACACUUCAAGGAGGAGGUUUCGGCUGAGAUCCAGGGUGCCAAUGAUGACAGAACCAUAUUCUCUCCCAAGACCGCUCUCGAAGACCACAAAGCCGAAGUCAGCAUCCGCGAAUUCCGCAUUGACGCCUGCAAAGCCUCUCUCGGCUGGGGUGAGUUCCUCAAAACAGAUCUCCACUUCACCUCCUUCCACCAGUACUACAAAGCGCACUUAAUCCGGACCUCCUCUCACAGAGCUCGAGCCCUCGGCUUCCUCCCUCCGCUCCACGAAAAUUUCCCCGACUACCUCCCCGUCCAUCCAGAUAGCCAGCCCACAGCGUGGUGCAACUGGACUCGUCCCGAGCUACGAGGCAGCAUACUGGACCUGAUCCUGAAGAUAGCAGUCUGGCUGGGCCUCGCUCGCGGUGCAGCAGCCGUGCAUUUGUUCUGCGAUAUCGUCCGCGCCUUCACCCUCAAGAAACCAACCGACCUCACCGACUGGGACCGCAUCGCUGUCCUGUACCAUUUCACGACGAUCAGGAUUCCAAAUGAACGCAUUCGCUCCGGUCUCACCACACCAUUUUCGCAUGCGGACAAGGCCCUCAUGAGCAGGAACACGGACUACCUCUCUGCCAUCGCCGACCUGAGCUACGACUAUAGCCACGACUGUGUCUCCGGCGCUGCCUCAAUGGAGUGGUCUGAUUCGGCUACGCUGCUUUCGCAGAAACUGCCACUUAUCCACCGUCGUCUAAGAAUGAGUCAAGGACAAGUAAAGACAUAUCACGAUCGGCAGGUUUUGGAGUAUUUGGCGCAGGCUUCUGUUGAGAUGACGUUGAGUUCGAAGAUUAUGCUUGAGAAGAGGUUGGAGUUGGAUUAUACGGACUACUCAGGCUCGAUCUUCAAGAAAGCCGCAGCCGUCGAGAAGAAUAAUAACCUCUCUUUCCUGCCUCUUACUCGACCUAUUCCGAUCCCUAAACGUCGCAUUGUCGGAUGUGUUUGA